CCCUCUUUUCAUCACGGCUGGCGCUAACUGGAUUGGGGCCAUCCCCAAUCUCCCAGCGCUCUCUGUUCCUCCCUGUUCUCCCUCUUCUUCUGCCUAUCCACGCUCCUCGUGGCGACUCGCUCCACUACACACUAUAUCUCGUGCAUCUGUUUUCUUCUAAUUGUCCAUAUUCCAUCAUCUUCCUUUAGUUAUCAUCGCUGCACUCCAACGAGUUCGCUGUGUUGUAUGACCAAGCAGUGUGCCCCAGACCUCUCCCGAUCGAUUCAUCAGCUGUAGCCCGUCUCAGCUUGUGCCGCCUCCCGCAACGCUAGCUGCCUGGCAGCCUGUUCCGUAAUUUUAUUCCAAGUGUUAUUGCAACCCUGGUAGCCCUUGAUGCUGGAUCUUGAUUAAUUUUUUUGUUUUUUGCUCUUUCUUUUUAAAACUCAUACGAGUUUCCCACCAUGUCGGGACCGUAUCGCGCUUACCCCGGGAAUGGCAACCAGCCUUUCAGUUCCGGCUCCCAAGCGAAUCAACCAGUUUCUUUCAAGACCGACAUCAAUCGCAAGAAGACAAAGAAAUGGGUUUCCGCCAAAUCUGUUUCCUACGACGGCGAUGAUUGGGGAAGAAACCCCCCUCUUCCUACUGACGCUUCUCGAUUCUCCGCGAACCAGCAACAAUCUUCCUCUAACUUCCAACCCAACCAACCUGCUUCAAUCCCAGUAGCUACUUCCCAGCCGACCAAUCCUCCAGAGUCAAAGAAAUCCGAACCGGCCUCAACUCAGACACCUGCGUUCGUUCGGCCCGCGGAUAUAUAUAAGCGAAUGCAAGAGGAGCGCGAAAAGGAGCGCUUUUCCGAAGACUCGUCACGUUCGGGGUCUUUGCCCCCAACAGCUGCUCCACCAUCUGCGCCCAGCCCUCUCGCGAUCGCCCAGGAUUCCCACGAAGGAGUAACAACACUGCGAGGGGAAAAUGUUGAACCAUCCACCUCGUCCUUGGUUAUCCCUGAAUUAAAGCGACUCUCUGGCUUUGGUCAGGACUUUCUGGGCAGUUCAGCCUACUCCGAGCAAACUUCACAGCCCGUCCAGGCCGCUCUACAGCAAGGGCAAGCGGAGGACUUGCCUUUGCACCACAAUCCAUCUCUGGGCUUCAGAUCAGUAGUAAAUCAGGCUUUUGAUGUCCCGGAAACUCCUACCUCGAGUAAUGGGAAUUUUAGUCGGUCAAAUAGCGACAGUACGUCCGUUAUUAGUCCUAUCAUCAGCCGCACGAAUGUGGAAUCUGAAAAGACCCCGACCAUUACAGAAGAUAUUGCUGGUGAAGCCUCCGCUCAGGGACCUCCUGCAGAUUUCAGACCAGGUCACCGACGAGAUCUGAGCAUACCGGCUCCCGGAAAUGGACCUGACAGGGUCCCGGAAGUUUCCAAUGUUGAGCCAAGCCAUUCAGCCGAAGUUGUGUCGCCUGCACUUUCUGGAAACAACUUAUCCGCACCUGACACUGAUACUGUAGAGUCUAGUGUCUCCAAGGACCAGCCUGAAUCCGGAGAAGCUACCCCUCACCUUAGCUCAGUACCUCACGCAUCGAUCGAGAAUCCUAGUCUAUACACGGCACCCGUUGAGAACCUAAAUGGGCCGCAAAAGGAGCAGUUGCAGCAACGUGAACCAACACCAUUAGAGAUACCGCAGAGCAAGUCACAGGAAAUUCCACAAAUAGUGCCAUCAAUGAGUACCGAAACUUCGCCACAAGAUAUGGAAAGUGACCGUUUGCGCAAAGAAAUCAUGCGCUCUCUUAGCCCUGAUCCAACAAGUGCCAGUGCGUCUCCAAAUCCAGAGACAAUAGACUUCCGAAAGUCUCAGUAUCGCCCUGGUCAUGAAAGCACCUAUCUGCCGAGCGAAUACGAUAGUUACUGGAAUGACCAAAAGGAUGUAACUCCAACAAGCCCUCUUCAACCAAAACCCACUACAACAACCCCGGCGUCCGUGCCUUCUACAGAACCACUCAGUUUAACGAUCAACCCCAAGGCAGUGUCAGAAACCGUUUCGAAGGAGCCCGAAACCGAUUCAGCUGUAUCCGAGACGCAACGCACUCUUAAGAAAAGGUUUUCUUGGGAAGCUACCGAUGACUCCGAUGAGGAAGAUGUUCUGGAGGAACAGUCAGAGAAGACACCGAUUGCCCCCACGGUACAGUCUCCAUCAAGUUCUAAAAAUGCGCAGUUCACGGCACCCGCUGCAUUUGGCGAUGACGUUACCCGCGAUACCGCAUUACAAGAUGAAAUCGGCGCAUUUGAUGACCACGGUUUACCACGUUAUUCUACCAUAGCAAGGGAGACCACACAGCCCCCAGAAGAGCCCGCUGUUGAGAUUGCGGGUCCUAUAAGGGAAUCCUCUUCGAUCCCUACCCAGGAAGCUCCUGCUCUGGGCUCUCAAACAGUGACCCCAAUUGAAUCGCCUAAACAGCCCACUCACCCUCUUGGUGCCGAAGCGUCGUUGCCAUCUUUUCGUAAGAUCAUGGACAUUCAGUCCCCGAGCGAGAAACAAUUCGCUCUUAUCGAUAACGGUCUAGAAGAUUGGAUUCGACGAUCUAAUUUGAUUCGAUUAAAUGGUCAACUUCCAGGAGGAGCGCCAACCGGCUUCCCAAAGUUGACGUCUCUCGGAAACCUUUCCUUACCCUCCUCCCACUCACAUGGUGAUGGUCUAGGGUACUCCCCAAGCCACGCUCGACGGCCAUCUGGGUCGCCUCUGACUGGCGGCAUGAACAGACAAAAUGUUGAAUCAAAAGGAAAAGACCUCCUGCACAGUGCUGGUGUACUUGCGCGCGGGCUUUUCGCUAAGGGCAAGAACAAGUUGCGAGGAGGAGCCGACAAGGUAGAUUGAAAUUCUUUUCUCUUUUUCCCGUUAUGUUGCGUUGUGCAACUUUAGUCAUCUUCCUUUCAGUGACUUAUGGCGAGUAACGUCUAUAUAUCCCCUAUUAUUUUGUCUCCUUUAUCGCCUUAUUCUUCCCAUCGUGUUCCGGCGUAGAAGCAAUUUUGGAAACGUGGUUGGGAAGGAACGCCCUUUUCCAUGUAUUCGUACCUGCAGCUAUCUUGAAUGUGGAA